GGACGUGGGUCCGGUUGCGCGUGCGCGGUUUAGCUCUGAGUUGGCGGUUGUCUAAUAACACUUGAGUAGAGUUACCACAUUGGCGACGAGGUCAGCGAACCAAUCGUGAGGUAUGUCCACUGUAGUGGGUGCCGUCGGUCCCUUUGAGGGAAAUCAAGAGGAGUGGAUGCAUUACGUGGAGCGCGUGAAGUUCUUCUGCGUAGCCAACGGGAUCACUGACACAGAGCGCAAGAAGGCGGUAUUGUUGAGCGUAUGUGGAGUGCAAACGUAUAAGCUGAUUCGCAACCUGUUGGCGCCUGGCAAGCCGGAAGACGCGGAGUAUGACGACAUCGUAGCAAAGGUCAAAGAUCACGUGAACCCGAAGCCGUCCACUGUUGUUCAACGCUUCCGCUUCAACAGUAGAUCACAGAAGCCAGGGGAAUCAGUAGUGCAGUUUAUGGCUGAACUGCGCCGUUUUUCCACGGAUUGUGACUUUGGAGACACACUAGCUGACAUGCUAAGGGACAGGUUGGUGUGCGGAGUGAGUGAUGGGAGGAUCCAACGGAGACUGCUGCAAGAAAAGGAACUCACGUUUGACAAAGCACUGAGUUUAGCCAGAGCGAUGGAGACAGCUGCACUGAAUGCAGAGGAGAUUCAGAGACCGACUGGUGACAGCGUAGAAGGAGAGGUACACAAAAUGCAGGAAACCAAGCCCAGUCUACCUAAGAUGAAGUGUUUCCGGUGCCUUGGAUUCCACCCACCAAACAGUUGUUAUGCUCAGAGGAUGCAGUGCCAUAAGUGCAAGAAGGUUGGACACCUCGCUCGAGCAUGUCGAGGCCAGCGACAGCCAGGCCAGGCAAGGAAUGAAAUAGCUGCCCAAUCUCCUGUGACGAAAACACAUCGAGUUGAAACCACACCUCUUACACCCAAAGCCCAACAAGCAGUGGAAGAAGGGCAAAGCGAUGAUGGAGUUGAAGGAAUGUAUACAGUAUACGUUGUGGGUAAGGAGUGUCAGAAUGAACCACUAGCAGUGACGGUUCAUAUCAACAAGAAAGCAGUACAGAUGGAAGUUGAUACUGGAGCAUCAGUGUCAAUUGUAAGUGAGAGCACUUACAAGAAACUGUGGAAGAGGCAAGAGUUGCCUGGUUUACGACGACCACAAGUGAGGUUGCAUACUUACUCUGGGGAACCAUUGACAGUGUUGGGAGAGCUGGAUGUCCGAGUGCGGACUCAAAAUCAGAUUGCAACGCUACCACUAAUAGUGGUGCGUAAUGAUGGACCCAAUCUACUGGGAAGGAACUGGAUGAAGUCACUCGUAUUACCAUGGCAUGAAAUGUUACAGAAGGGACACAUCAAGUCCAUUGGUACAGAGACGUCCUGCACAGAGUUGCUGAAGAGGUUUGAUGGUGUGUUUGAAGAAGGGAUUGGUGAGUUGAAAGGAACGAUGGCUGCUGUCAAAGUGAAAGAGGGCAGUGCAGCGCGAUUUUUCAAGCCGAGACCAGUACCAUAUGCCUACCGGGCGAAGGUAGAACAUGAGCUAAAGCGACUAGAAGCUGAGGGCAUAAUUGAACCGGUUCGAUUUGCCAACUGGGCGGCUCCCAUUGUCCCCAUAUUGAAAGCUGACGGCUCCAUUAGGAUCUGUGGUGAUUAUCGACUCACGGUUAACCAGGUGGCAGAGACUGAGAAGUACCCAUUACCAAGAGUGGAAGACAUUUUUGCUUCGUUGGCUGGGGGACAGACAUUUACAAAGCUCGAUCUUAGUCAUGCAUAUCAACAAGUGAAACUGGAAGAACAGUCCAAGCAAUACCUGGUCAUUAACACCCACUUGGGAUUGUUUCAGUAUAACAGGCUGCCGUUUGGAGUAGCAGCUGCACCAGCGAUCUUCCAGAGGAUAAUGGAUUGUCUGUUGCAGGGAAUUCCAGGAACAGUGGUCUACCUAGAUGAUAUUCUCAUCACGGGUCGAUCACAGAAGGAACAUCUAAGGAACUUAGAAGCUGUGUUGAGCCGAUUGGCAGGAGCAAGAAUUCGGUUGAAAAGACAGAAGUGUUCCUUCUUGAAAAAGGAGAUACAGUAUUUAGGACAUCGGAUUGACAGCAAGGGAAUUUACCCAACGGAUGAGAAAGUCCAGGCUGUUCGAGCAGCGCCAGAACCCACCGACGUGGGCCAACUACGAGCCUAUUUAGGGCUAAUUAACUACUACGGCCGAUUCCUACCAGGCCUAGCAAAGACCUUGGCGCCCUUGUACAAGCUCCUUCGUCAAGGAAUGAACUGGAGAUGGGGUGAAGAACAAAAGACGGCAUUCAGAUGUUCAAAGGCAGCAUUACAGUCAGAUAAGCUACUAGUUCAUUACGAUCCGAGGAUACCUUUGUCGCUUGCCUGUGAUGCUUCACCGGUAGGGAUAGGAGCCGUGUUGUCACAUCAGUACCCGGAUGGUGGGGAAAGACCGAUUGCCUACGCGUCCCGUUCUUUGACCAAGGCGGAACAAGGAUAUGCACAGAUCGACAGGGAAGCAUUGUCAGUGGUGUUUGGGGUUAAACGGUUUCGACAGUACGUGUUUGGACACCAGUUUACCAUUUUUACCGACCAUAAACCACUGCUCACCUUAUUGGGGGAGAACAGAGGCGUACCAGCAAUGUGCUCCGGACGAGUGCAACGUUGGUCACUGAUGCUGUCCAGUUAUCAGUAUACAAUGACGUAUCGACCCGGAUCGUUAAAUAGCAAUGCAGAUGGGUUAAGCCGACUGCCAAGCAGUGGGGUGCCCGACGAAGAGGAAGAGCCUGUGGAGGCUGUGCUGGCAUUGCAGACACUGAGUUCAUCGUCAACCAAACCAAUCACCGCAGUCCAGAUACGACGGGGGACGGAGAGAGACCCAGUGUUAUCCCAAGUGCGUCAGUAUACACUGACUGGAUGGCCAAGUGUUGUGGAACGAGCUGAUAUCCGGCCGUACUUUAACCGACGCUACGAGCUAAGCGUUUCAGGUGGCUGUGUGUUUUGGGGAGGACGCGUGGUAGUACCACCUCAAACACGAUCAUCAGUGUUAGAAGAGCUUCAUGUAUCACACCCAGGAGAAACAAGGAUGAAGGGGCUUGCUCGAAGUUUCGUAUGGUGGCCGGGCAUAGACAAGGAGCUGGAGAGAGUAGUGAAAGGAUGCCACACUUGUCAGGUACAUCGCAAAUUGCCGGCGUUGGCACCUCUGCAUCCGUGGGCACAAGCAGACAGAGCAUGGUCUCGCUUACACAUUGAUUUUGCUGGGCCGUUUCUUGGCCAGUCGUUCCUUAUCGUAGUUGACGCCUAUUCCAAGUGGCUGGAGGUGGACACUAUGACAUCUACGACGGCGCGCGUAACGAUCAAGAAGCUGCAGCGGUUAUUUGCAACACAUGGCAUUCCAGAGAUAGUAGUAUCUGAUAAUGGGGCUGCCUUUACCAGUGCUGAAUUUCGGCAAUUUAUGGAAGGAAAUGGCAUUAAGCACAUCUAUUCUGCGCCAUAUCACCCAUCGUCUAACGGGUUGGCAGAACGAGCAGUAGCAACCUUCAAAGGGGCUAUGAAGAGAAUGAAUUCGGAGUAUGGAUCAUUGGAGAGUAAAAUUGACAGAUUCCUGCUGCGGUACCGAAUCACACCACACGCUACCACUGGUGAACCACCGGCUCUCUUACUGUUAGGGCGGAUGCCGCGGAGUAGAUUGGAUCUACUACGUCCCGACUUGGCGGCCUAUACGUACAAGAAGCAGGAGCAACAAAGAAACGACCAUGAUAAGCGCAGUCGAGACCGAACGUUUGAGGUUGGACAGUUGGUGUACGUGAAAAAUUUUGGACAGGGCACGCCAUGGGUUAUGGCAACAGUGAAAGAAAGAACGGGUCCACUAUCAUUCCGAGUCAUGUUGCCUGAUGGUAGAAUGUUACGAAGACACCAAGAUCACAUUCGGUCGCGUCAACUGGAAGAUGACCCACUACCCAACGGCACACAUACAGACCCCGCUGCAUCACCACCGGAGUCUAACAUGACGGAAGAACUGCCUUCAAUCGAGGUAACAAGUGAACCAGGAGGGAGCAUCUCGGAAACAAACGGUGACCACGGUGGUCAGGGGGAAACGGUUGGCCAUGAAGCAACCAGCAACAUGGAGCCGGCAUCAACCGGGGUCAGAAGAUCUGCUCGAGCAAGGAAGGCGCCGGACAGACUAGACUUGUAAACUAGCACUAUCAUACAAGUAGGGGUAAAAGACUUUAGGGGGAAGGGGUGUAGUAGGUUGACAUGCGAGGACGUGGGUCCGGUUGCGCGUGCGCGGUUUAGCUCUGAGUUGGCGGUUGUCUAAUAACACUUGAGUAGAGUU